AAUUAUACCGUUUUAUUCUCCCUUUUGGCUCUUCGCUGUGCCAAGAAAUUUUCUGUGGAAAGCUGGAAGUGUCAGGAAGAUGUGGCAGUAGUGACGGAGAGGAGUAUUGUUGCUCGGUCGUUAAAAAUGUAUAAGCAGCUUCAGGAACGCAUUGCUUCUUCUGAGAGGGAUAUUGUCCUUAAUUCUGCUUGGUGUUUAGAGACUUUUAUCUUCUGAGAGAGCCCACAACUGUUUGUCUAGGCUUGAUUUAUUUUCUUCUGAAUUUUCAAGGCUAAAAGUGAAGAGAGAAUUAAAGGGAAAAGAAGAAGACAGACUGGUGCUGUGCGGAGCUUGGUCAGUGCGUUGGGCAGCCCAUGGCCUGCAGCUGUCCUAAGGUCCAGAGCUGAACUGCAAAGCUGUGUCCCCACAGCUCCCAACACUUUGUUGUCAUAAUCCUUCCAUCCCCGAAUUUAGAGAACAAGAGGAACCUGGGGGCAGUGAGGGAAUGAAGAGAGCGCAGAGGACUGCAGUGCUUUGAGAAUGGAAGCCCUGAUGCUAUGCUAAGGGAGAAGCGUCUGCUCCCUGCCCUCUUUCUCAUCCUUCUGUUCCACUCUUCGUCCCAGGCACAGUGCUGGAGCACCUCCAUCACCAGAUGGUCCCUUGUAGGGCGGUGGGAGGCUGUGCAGGGCUGCUGUUUGCUGAACCCAAGGUGCGUUCCUACUGCCAACAGCUGUCCCUCAGGUUAGUGCUCACAAAACCAGGCGCUGCGAAGUUGUUCUGAGCAGUGUGUAAUGCUGAGGUGAAGGCAACCUCCCUCUGUGCUCCAUGUUCCAGGUAAUUACAGCCCCGCCGCUCACGGAGUGGGGCACAGCGGGUGCCCUGUGUUUGUUAUUUGCCUUUGCUGUUAACUCCAUGCUGGCGAUGCAAAGGCAGCUGCGUGCCUGCAAACCGCGUGCUUCACCUCUUCGCCACACCGGGCUGCAGACAGGAGCAGCUCUCUCUCCUGGGUCUGUGCUGCAUUGGGAUCAGCACACGGUGCUGUUUUCCCUCUACAUUUCCCUGCUGCAGCCCAUGAUGCUGCUGCCCUGCAGAUGCAGGUACGAUAUUUGCCCGUGCGUUUUGGGGCAGCUCAGCACCUUGGGGCUCCAGUGGAGUAUUUGCAGGUGGGUAAAUCCAACUCGCUCCUGCUGCUUUGUCAAAAUAGCUCAGAAAGUUCUGCAGUAACUGCUUCGAAGUGCUCAAAUGAUAUGUUGCUUCACAGUCUGCCUCUGCUGCUGCUGCCAACGCUUCCGAGCAACCAAUUUACCACGCGCUUCACCUUCUUGGGCUUUUCCCUGGUAAGCAUUACUCUGUGACUCCCACUGAAAAGAGAAAAUUGCCAUUGCCCUUUGCAGGGGUGGGGUAAUGACUUCCAGGUGGGAUUGAGCAGCUCCUGCUUCUUUAACAUGUGCUGAGCAGGAAACCAGAGCACACUUGGGAUGCCUGGCUAACACCUGAGCUAACACCCGAUUUUCUUAAAUGUGAGAGCACAGGAGCUUGGAUUUCCUACAGCGAUGUGGUGCUGGGAGGGUGAGUGACUGUGGGCUCAGCCCCUGCCUUGCACCAUCCCUAUGGGCCCGUAUUUGGCAAAUGGAAGAGUGCAGGAGUGCUUGCCAGAAAGCUGGAGAAGGGAGAAGGCAACAGGAAACGCUCACAGUCAGCAUUUGAGGACAUUACUGCCUGCAGAGAUAAUUUCAUCGAGAUGAGGGACAAGAAUUUCUUUCAUAAAGCAAAAUCUUGAUCUAACUAGUGGAAAUGGUGUUUGUUAACAACACGUUUAACUGCUCGGCAGGGAUCUGUGUGGAACAAUGUGCCGUUACCUGCACCAGGGAGUGUUUGAGCUUUGUGGGUUCUUCAUGAGCCCCUCUUCGUUCUUGCAGUGUUGGGAUUUUGAACGUCAGAGCUCUGUGUUGGGCAUGGGACUGCCUGGCAGGAGGAGGGGAGAAUGGACCCUCAGGGUCUCCUCUUGUUGGGAAGGAAAUAGGGAAGGAGAUGGGGCUGGAGCAGUGUGAGGAGCUCCUGUCCUGGUCGGUCUCUGACUGCCAUCCCUUAAUUUGUGUUUUGCUAUGAGUGUUUGGUCCUAUCCCAAAUCCAGUACGUUGCAGGUCGGUUUAAAUUUAAAAAGAAAAAAAUGUAUAUAUACGAGGAAUGAAAUAAGAUGUGACUCAAUAUUGAUUUCCAUUUGUUUGUGUGGAAGUGCUACCAUUGCCAAGAUGAAAUAUUUGGACUUUUCCUUGGGUUUCUCUCCCGUAUUUUGCUAGAAGCUGAUGGCCCAAUUUGACUCCAGUUCCCAAACAAUUCAUGGUCUGUCAAUUGCUCCCUCCUCCCCUCUGGUCAAUGGAUCCUCAUGCCGGCUCCAACACCCCAUCGUCACUCCGCGGUGCUCACGGUGCUGUGCUCUCCCCACAGAGUGAUGUCAUGCCCAAACCACCGUUGGGCUCCAUGAGGAUUUAUGGAAGAUGCCCCGUGUAUGGGCGCCUCUGGUGCUCCUUCUGCUGUGGCUGAUGAGGACGGCUGCCAGCCCACACGCCCUGCGCAUCGCCGCCAUCCUGGAUGACCCCAUGGAGUGCAGCCGGGGGGAGCGGCUCUCCAUCACCCUGGCCAAGAACCGCAUCAACCGCGCGCCCGAGCGCCUGGGGAAGGCCAAGGUGGAGGUGGACAUCUUCGAGCUGCUGAGGGACAGCGAGUAUGAGACGGCAGAAACCAUGUGCCAGAUCCUUCCCAAAGGGGUGGUGGGCGUCCUGGGGCCUUCCUCCAGCCCGGCCUCCAGUUCCAUUAUCAGCAAUAUCUGUGGGGAGAAAGAGGUUCCUCACUUCAGAGUGGCACCGGAAGAGUUCCUGAAGCUGCAGCUCCAGCGCUUCACCACCCUCAACCUCCAUCCCAGCAACACCGACAUCAGUGUGGCCGUGGCAGGAAUCCUCAACUUCUUUAACUGCACCACUGCCUGCCUCAUCUGUGCCAAAGCUGAAUGCCUUUUAAACCUAGAGAAGUUGCUUCGGCAGUUCCUCAUUUCUAAGGACACGCUCUCAGUCCGGAUGCUGGAUGACAGCCGGGACCCUACGCCUCUCCUCAAAGAGAUCAGAGAUGACAAAACAGCCACCAUCAUUGUCCAUGCCAACGCCUCAAUGUCCCACACCAUCCUGCAGAAGGCAGCCGAGCUGGGAAUGGCAUCUGCCUAUUACACAUAUAUCUUCACUAAUCUGGAGUUUUCACUCCAGCGCCUGGACAGUCAGUUGGAUGAUCGAGUCAACAUCCUGGGAUUUUCCAUUUUCAACCAGUCUCAUGCUUUUUUCCAAGAGUUUGUCCAGAGCCUCAACCAGUCCUGGCAGGAGAACUGCGAUCAUGCUCCUUUUACUGGACCAGCACUCUCCUCUGCCCUGCUGUUUGAUGCCGUGUACGCCGUGGUGAGCGCCGUGCAGGAGCUGAACCGCAGCCAGGAGAUCGGCGUGAAGCCGCUGUCCUGUGGCUCUGCCCAGAUCUGGCAGCACGGCACCAGCCUGAUGAACUACCUGCGCAUGGUAGAAUUGGAAGGUCUCACCGGCCACAUCGAAUUCAACAGCAAAGGCCAGCGUUCCAACUAUGCCCUGAAAAUCCUGCAGCACACACACAGCGGCUUCCGGCAGAUCGGCCACUGGCACGUUUCUGAAGGACUCAGCAUGGACAACAGGAUAUUCUCCUCCAACAUAUCUGACAGCCUGUUCAAUACCACACUCAUCGUCACCACCAUCCUGGAAAACCCUUACUUAAUGCUGAAGUGGAACCAUCAGGAGCUGGAAGGAAAUGACCGCUACGAGGGCUUCUGUGUGGACAUGUUGAAGGAGCUGGCAGAGAUCCUACGCUUCAACUAUAAGAUCCACCUGGUUGGCGAUGGUGUCUAUGGAGUCCCUGAGGCAAACGGCACGUGGACAGGGAUGGUCGGGGAGCUGAUUGCUCGGAAAGCCGACCUGGCAGUGGCGGGGCUGACGAUUACUGCGGAGCGGGAGAAGGUGAUUGAUUUCUCUAAGCCAUUCAUGACUUUGGGAAUUAGCAUUCUCUACCGAGUUCAUAUGGGUCGCAAGCCUGGCUACUUCUCCUUCCUGGACCCCUUUUCCCCCGGCGUGUGGCUCUUCAUGCUGCUCGCCUACCUGGCCGUCAGCUGCGUCCUCUUCUUGGUGGCUCGCUUGACGCCCUAUGAGUGGUACAGCCCCCACCCCUGCUCACAAGGCAGGUGCAACCUUCUCAUCAACCAGUACUCACUGGGCAACAGCCUGUGGUUUCCUGUCGGGGGGUUCAUGCAGCAAGGCUCCACCAUCGCCCCCCAGGCGCUCUCCACGCGCUGCGUCAGUGGAGUCUGGUGGGCCUUCACCUUGAUCAUCAUCUCCUCCUACACGGCCAACCUGGCUGCCUUCCUCACGGUGCAGCGCAUGGACGUCCCCAUUGAGUCUGUAGAUGACCUGGCAGACCAGACCACCAUCGAGUAUGGCACCAUUCAUGGCGGCUCCAGCAUGACCUUCUUCCAAAACUCCCGCUACCAGACGUACCAGCGGAUGUGGAACUACAUGUACUCCAAGCAGCCCAGUGUCUUUGUGAAGAGCACGGAGGAAGGGAUCGCGCGUGUGCUGAACUCCAAUUACGCCUUCCUGCUGGAGUCCACCAUGAACGAGUAUUAUCGUCAGCGCAAUUGCAACCUCACGCAGGUCGGGGGCCUUCUGGACACCAAGGGCUACGGGAUUGGCAUGCCCGUCGGCUCCGUGUUCCGCGAUGAGUUCGACCUGGCCAUCCUCCAGCUGCAGGAGAACAACCGGCUGGAAAUCCUGAAGCGAAAGUGGUGGGAAGGAGGCAAGUGUCCCAAGGAGGAGGACCACCGGGCCAAAGGCCUGGGAAUGGAGAACAUUGGUGGAAUCUUCGUGGUUCUCAUCUGUGGCUUAAUCGUAGCGAUUUUUAUGGCAAUGCUGGAAUUUUUGUGGAGCCUUCGGCACUCUGAGCAGUCAGAGGUGUCGGUGUGCCAAGAGAUGGUGACAGAGCUGCGCAACAUCAUCCUCUGCAAGGACAGUUUCCACCCCCGUCGGAGGCGAGGGGUGAUACGGACUCGCCCCGCUAUCCCCGAGGAGCGCCGAGCCCGCAGCACGACCACGCUCAGCAACGGGAAGCUGUGCAGUGGGGGAGAGCCAGACCCCCUGGCACAAAGACUGGCACAAGAAGCUGCCCUGGUCGCCCGAGGCUGCACGCACAUCCGCGUCUGCCCUGAGUGCCGCAGGUUCCAGGGGCUUCGGGCACGGCCGGCUCCGGGCUCACCUGCACAGAGCGAGGAGAGCUUGGAGUGGGAGAAGACCACCAACAGCAGCGAGCCCGAGUAAUGCCGGGGCGGGGGAGCCGGGGUGGGCCGAGAGGGUCCUGUUCCAUUUUACAGAACACGGACUUGUACAAUGUCAAACUUGUUUUUAAAUUAAAAGCAGUUACCCAGCUUCUCCAGAGCAAGGCAGAGCGCUGUCGGGCCGACGCACACGCCUGGCCGGAGGGUCGGCUUUGGAGAGGAUGCACCGGGAGUGGGGUCCUCAGGUGAGCUGCCCCCAUGCAGCUCCGAGGUGGGAAGGAGGGACGCGGUGGGGAUCGGGGUAACAGCAUCACCCACCCCUGUGGGGGCGAGUGCUGAUCUCAGAGCUGCUCCAUCCCGGGCCAGGAGGAAGGAUGCUACGCUGUCUCCCCAUCACACUGACUCACAGGGGAUGAUCUCAAUGGGCGGGAGGGUGGGAAUUUUUAUUUGGUACAGAUGAGGGAUGGGAAGGGGAGAGUCGUUAUUUUUGUUUUGUUUCAUUUUGGGGUACUUCAGGACUUAGUCUCCAAGGCACUGGGUGUCAGGUGCUGGAUUUCUUCCUUUCUAGAGUGUGGCACUGGGCUGAGAGAGGGAGGAAGGGUGGGACACACUCCCCCUGAGAAGCAGCACACGCUGACAGUCUGAAGAGUUAACAUACAUAUAUAUGUAUAUAAAUAUAUAUGUAUACAUAGAUAUAUAUAUAUAUUAAAAUGCCAAAAAACAACCAACACACACAGUGAUCUCAAAGAGGCCUUGAAACGCCUGGAAUUUCAGGGGUUCUGUGUCUUCUGUUUAGUUCUGGGGUUAUCUGCUUUGGUUGGGU